AUGCCCAUCCCCAGCAAGCACCCCAACAUCGGCCGCUCGCAGAGCUGGGACGCUGCAGGCUGGUAUGAGGGGAACUGGGAGAGCGAGAACGCCUUCGAGUACCAGAGGCCGCCAGGCCGCAGGAGCUCCCUGACCUAUGGCGGUGAGGGCGGCUGGUACGAGCCACCGCGGGCAAAUGAUAUCAUCUUGCAGGGCGGUGCGGAGCUGAAGCAAGAGGCGUACCCGUACCAGGAUGCCACCUUCGCACCGGGGCCCCUGAGGAAGGGCUCUGUCCCCGACUUCGCCUACUGCGACCGGCCGGCGCCCAUGGCGGGCCGGGGCUCUCUGCCACCCCAGGAUUACUACAGCGACCCGUCGCUGUCGGCGAGGUCACCCAAGGACCCUCGACUCUACCGCGAGCACGUGGCUGGCAGGCCGCUGGCAAGCUACGGGGCGCCUGGCAGCCGCCUGUCCUGGGACCAGAGCGCCGCGCGCCCACCUGCCCCACCCGAUGCCACCCGCCUCUACAGAGACCCCAAGCUGGCCCUGGAUGGGCAGCGGCUGCGUGGCAGAGAUGUGUCCCCAGCGUGGUACGGCACGGAGCCGCCCGGCCCGCGGUACGCGGCAGAGCCACCCGCCUUCCCCAGCAGGCCGGGCUACAGCGAUGGGGCAGAGCGGGCUCCCGAGGUGGCAGCAGCGGCCAGGCAAGCUGUCCCCACCUGCCUGGUGGUGGAUCCCACCACCAGCACCAGCAGCAGCUACGGGCCAGGCAGGGAGAGCACCGGUGCCAAGGGUCCCUACGACAGCUACGAGGCGGCGGUGGCGACGCCUUCCCACCCACCGGUGCCACCUGCCUUCCCUGGGCCAGAGGGCAAGAGGAGCUUUGACCCCGAGUUUGUGGCGCUGCUGCGUGCGGAGGGCGUCUCUGAGAGCACCUUUGCUGCCCUGCUGCAGCAGGGCUUCGACUCCCCAAACCUGCUGGCCAUGAUGGAGGAGAAUGACAUCAAGUCGGUGGCACCCAACCUGGGGCAGGCCCGCGUGCUGUCCCGCAUCGCCCACAACUACAAGGCAGAGAUGCAGCUGCAGAGACAGGAGCGCAGGAGCGGGGCACUGCGCCCCAGGACCCGCUCCAACAGCUUCAGCCACCGCAGCGAGCUCCCGGCAGAAUACGGGGUGCCCACCGUGGAUGGCCCUGGCACCUCGCAGCACCCGCCACCGCUGCAGCCACUGUCCCCAAGAGGUGUAGAGAUACACCGCCGGCCAUCCAGCGCCCCGACCCAACACCUGCUGGAGACCACCACCUACCCAGCCCCAGCGGGGCCUCCUCAGGGGCCACACUUUCUCCCCGGUUCGGGAUACAACACCCCGCUGCCUUGCAGCACGCACCCGCGUCCCGCCUCUGCCUACUCCGCUCCGGUCGGCGUGCCCAUGACGGCGGCCAACCCGCACGCCAGCCCCAAGACGGCGUACCCCACCACCUACACCGUGCCCAUGGAGCUGAUGAAGAGGGAGCGGACAGCGGUGGCGUCACCGGCACCCAGCCCCCACAGCAGCCCCCAGCUCCUCCGGCGGCCGGGGACAGCAGGGGACAGCAGCCUGGCAGCCACCGGACCCGCCUUCCCCGCCCAGCUCUCCCCGUACCCGAAGCUCAGCAGGCGCACGGGGCCCCCCGUCAUCGUCUCCACCAUGGCGUCGCCUGAACCAAGUAUCCGCCCGCAGAUCAUGAACGGCCCCAUGCACCCGCGGCCCCUGGUGGCACUGCUGGACGGCAGGGACUGCACCGUGGAGAUGCCCAUCCUCAAGGACCUGGCCACCGUGGCCUUCUGUGACGCACAAUCAACUCAGGAGAUCCACGAGAAGGUGUUGAAUGAAGCUGUGGGGGCCAUGAUGUACCACACCAUCACCCUGACCCGGGAGGACCUGGAGAAGUUCAAGGCCUUGCGGGUCAUCGUCCGAAUAGGCAGCGGCUACGACAACAUCGACAUCAAAGCUGCUGGGGAGCUCGGGAUCGCCGUGUGCAACAUCCCGUCGGCGGCGGUGGAGGAGACGGCCGACUCCACGGUGUGCCACGUGCUGAACCUGUACCGGCGGAACACGUGGCUGUACCAGGCGCUGCGCGAGGGCACGCGCGUGCAGAGCGUGGAGCAGAUCCGCGAGGUGGCCUCGGGGGCCGCGCGCAUCCGCGGGGAGACGCUCGGCCUCAUCGGCUUCGGUCGCACUGCGCAGGCGGUGGCGGUCCGAGCCAAGGCCUUUGGCUUCAACGUGAUCUUCUAUGACCCGUACCUGCAGGACGGCAUCGAGCGCUCCCUGGGCGUCCAGCGGGUCUACACCCUGCAGGACCUGCUCUACCAGAGCGACUGCGUCUCCCUGCACUGCAACCUCAACGAACACAACCACCACCUGAUCAACGACUUCACGAUUAAGCAGAUGAGGCAGGGGGCGUUCCUGGUGAACACGGCCCGCGGGGGGCUGGUGGAUGAGAAGGCCUUAACCCAAGCCCUGAAGGAGGGACGGAUACGAGGGGCCGCGCUCGACGUGCACGAGUCGGAACCGUUCAGUUUUGCUCAAGGCCCAUUGAAAGAUGCUCCCAACCUGAUCUGCACCCCACACACAGCCUGGUACAGCGAGCAGGCAUCCCUAGAGAUGAGAGAAGCUGCUGCCACCGAAAUCCGACGCGCGAUCACAGGGCGCAUCCCGGAGAGCCUAAGGAACUGCGUGAACAAGGAAUUCUUUGUCACGACGGCCCCGUGGUCAGUAAUAGACCAGCAGGCGAUUCAUCCCGAGCUCAAUGGUGCCACGUACAGGUAUCCCCCCGGGAUGGUCAGUGUGGCACCAGGAGGAAUCCCAGCAGCCAUGGAGGGCAUCAUUCCCGGCGGCAUCCCUGUCACCCACAGCCUCCCCACAGUGGCACAUCCUUCCCAAGCUCCAUCGCCCAACCAGCCCACGAAACACGGCGACAACAGGGAACACCCCAACGAGCAAUAGCAGAGAAUUUAAAAACCAUUCAAUAAACUUAGGACCAAGAGACAUUGGAAAAGAAGUUAUACAUGAACUAAAAAGAGAAGAAUUUGAUACGAAAUUUGUAAUGUUGAUUUUGGACAGAGGCAUCAUUGAUGUUCCAGUGUUCCCGACAAAGCGACAGCAGCCAAGACUGGGGAGAAGCCCCGGAGAAGUCACCUGCUCCCUGCAGUGCUGAAAACUAGGAUGUGAUACAUUAAUGAGCAACUUCUGUUAUUGUGUGUUGAGUUUCCUUCAUCUGUGCAUCAAUCACAUGAAUAAAAAUGAAUUUCUUUCCCCCCUCAAUUCCUUGGGAAGGACAGGGUUCCUGCACUGUGUCCAGGCCACUGAAUUAAGCCAUCUUUACAGAGUUAACAAGAAACCAUUGUGUGGCUUCAGCCCUCUCCUUUCUCUUGCAUCUGGUGACCUCUCCUAACAGGGGGCAGCAGUCCUGGCUUAGAAGUGGAAGAAAAAAAAAAAAAGAAAA